GUAAUCAGCCUCCCCCUGCCGCGGCCCCCGUUGCUCUUAAUCAAGGACGAGUGACCGCUAUGAUGGAUACGGAUCACGGAAGAGAAAUCGUGGCAUAUGCCACAGAGCAGCCCUCCCCUUCGAUGGCAACGGCAUCGACAUCGGGAGCUUCUUUCCCCGACGCUGCUGUUGUGGUCGAUCCUCUCGAGUAUCUCCAUCUCGCAGGCAUGAUCGGAGCGACCGGAUCGAUCCCAGAUGAUCUCGAGUGGGUCGAUCGCGAAUCCAAUCCAGGACCGCAGUUUCAGACAGGAGACAUUGAUGUAUUGAAAACGCUCAAGCAAUUAGACAUCCGCGUUCCUAUCCCCGUAGGGCAUCUGCUCACCAUAUCUGAAGCGGCGAACGAUAAACUUUUACAACACUGCCAGAAAAAUCAAAAGUGUUUCACCUAUCAACGCAUACAACGGAUGUUGAAGAAGAAGGAAGAAGGUGAGGAAGUGGUAUCCCCUGAGCCGGACACUAAAGAACCUGUAGCCGCAUGCAUAGCCUCCAUCUCUUUAGCAGUAAAGGAUCACUUCGUACGAGCUCGGCCAGUACUAUGGAAAAGUGCGGAAUGUGACUGUGAAGUUUGCGGUUUCAAGGUGGCGCUUGAGAAGUGUCAGUUUUCCCUCACCACCAUUUCUUUCCUGGGGCACGUGGUGACAGACAAGGGACUCCAACCGGAGCCGCAGAAGGUGGCAGCUGUCAGGGACGCGCCAGUGCCUACCACUAUCACGCAAGUUCGCGCCUUUAUGGGCCUAACCUCGUAUUACCGAAGAUUUAUCAAGGGCUUCACGAUGGUUGAGGGACCCCUCACAAAUCUCAUGCGCAAGGAUCAGCCGUUGAUCUGGACGCCGGAGUGCGAUCAAGCGUUUUCCAAACUCAAGGCUGCUCUCAUUUCGGCUCCGAUCCUUAUAAGACCGGAUCUCGAAAAGCCUUUUGUUCUCAUCACCGACUGGCAGCCAAAGGCGAUUUCUGCGAUCCUUGCCCAGGUGGGACCGAUCGGACUCGAGAGUGUAGUGGAGUAUGCGUCCAAAUUAGUGCCCGCCUGCAAGCGCAAUUACGCCGCUCCAACGGGUGAAUGCUAUGCCGCUCUCUGGGGAAUCAGUCACUUCCGUGCUUUCCUGUACGAGCGAAAAUUCACCCUGGUGACUGAUCAUGAGCCCCCGUUGGCUCUGAAGAAGUCGAAGGAUUACUCAGGCAUGAUCGGGCGAUGGGCAACGGUGCCGCAGAGCAUGGACUUUGACAUUCGUCAUCGAAAGCACGAGAGACACGGGAAUGCGGACGGACUGACACGACUGCACCGUCCUGAGAAAGUUCCAAAGGGUGAGGAGGGUUGGAGGACUAAUGCGAAAGGAGAUCUUAUUGGAUUCCUCUUUGGAUCGGUACGACCGGGUCGUCGUCAGUUGAUUGCACAGGAGCUCAUCGCACAGAUCGUGCAAUUGGCGGACGAUCUCUUGCCCGACAUCUACUUUCAGAGCGACAACAGUCCUGCUCCGUACAUUUUCGAGCGAUCCUUGGAUCCGUACCUUCAGUGGACUUCGUGCUUGGAGGAACCUAGGGACGAGGAUACCCUACCAUCGCAGCAGGAGUAUCUGAAGCCGUACGAGAUCAUCCCUUACGCCUUCUAUCCGAGGGCAGAGGAAGUGGUGAUCGACGACGACAACGAAGAAGAAGACAACGGCGAGGAAACAUCGGAGGAGGGAAGCUAUAGUGAACAUUGCGAGGGUGAGCUGAGUGAGGAGGAAGAGGAAGAAGAAGGAACCGGAUCCGAGUGGCAAGCCCCGCCGGAGGAAGCGAAGCGUACGGGAACGGAGGCGAAAGAUCCGGAAGCGGCGCGAAAGCGCGAAGAGAUUGCCUCCAGAAAGCGCCAGCUGGAGUUCGCUAGCGAGGCUAGCCUGCACAUCGGUAGCGGUCCGACCAGGGAUCCAGAGCCGCCGAGGCCCGACGAUGGCGACCCUGCAGCCGCCACCUCAAGUACCGCGCGACGGAGACGGCGCCGAUCCCCCUCCUCCUCCAGCCCCACCCGUCCCCCAGUUCGCCCACGUACCAAUGCGGGCGAUAGGCCUUCGACCUCGGACGCUGCCCCGCCGACCACUUGAUUUUCUCACCCUCGAGCAGAUCCGUACCCCCGUCACCUUCCCUUCCCAUCC